AUGAAGAAGGCCACCCAGAUUUGCAUCCGCACUCAUAAGCAGCUCCAACAAGUCGAGCUGCUCAGCGAGCGCCUAAAGGGACUAGACACCCAAUUGUCACGCAGUAGACAGGAAAAUGCAGCAAUCGCGAAGGAGAACCAACGGCUCCAGGGACGCAAUUCGGAAUUGGUCGGAAAGCUGGAGAAUCUGCAGCAUAGGCCCCAGAAAAUCCACGAGAUCGAAACGCAGACAA